GCUGGGUGUCACUUCCCUUGCCCCGCCUCGCGCGCCCUUCUCCGGAGCAUCAGAGGGUAGCCGCGCGGCGUGCGUCCGGGGCUGCAGUCAUGGGGCUCGGGUCGAAUUCUUCCGUGAGGGUUGAAUGGAUUGCAGCCGUUUCGUUUGCUGCUGGAGCGGCAGCCAUUGGUUAUCUUGCUUACAAAAAAUUUAUCAGGAAGGACAGAUGCUGUAAUGGGAUGGUAAAUCUCCAUAUCCAGAAAGAUAACCCAAAGGUAGUUCAUGCAUUUGAUAUGGAAGAUUUGGGGGAGAAAGCUGUGUACUGCCGGUGUUGGAGGUCUAAGAAGUUUCCAUUAUGCGAUGGUUCUCAUACAAACCACAAUGAUGAAACGGGAGACAAUGUGGGACCUCUGAUCAUCAAGAGAAAAGAUGCAUAAAUGAUGAACGAUCUGGACACCGCACAAACAACCAGAUUGCAGUGUUUUCUGCUCACUUGUAAUUGGUGUAAAAAUGAGGUCUUAAGUCAUUUCACUGAAGAUUUUUAGAUGUG